AUGGCUAUUAUUGUUAAAAAGUUUACACCAAAAGCUUUGGACGCAAUGUUUUUUCGUGUCGUAAGCCCAAAAAAUAAGGUUGAAUGCAACAAAGAAGUGGUUCCUGAUCUUUUAUUAGAAGAUGUAAGAAUAAUAGACGUUUCCACGACUGAUGCUGGAUCUCAAUGCGACUGGACAUUCAAAAGUGCUGAUGUAGCUCUCAUCGAUGAGGCUAGAUUUCCUUCGCUCAAAAACACUAUAAAUAAAGACCUGAAGAAUGUGUGCCUAGUUCCAGGAUUUUAUGAGUCUGUCAACUCGUUGUCAGUGAGAACUUUUAUGAAUGGGUACUUGGAACGAGGUGACCACAACGUAUUCCUUUUGGAUUGGUCUGUCAUGGGAAAAAUAUUGUAUACUCGCUCAUACUUCUCCCUUAACAUGAUGGCAGAAAGGACCGUCGAAGCCCUUAAACGUAUAGAAGGUUUGGAACUUAUCAAGUUGGACGAUUUUCACAUCGUGGGUAACAGCAUGGGAGCACACCUCGGCUCCUGCAUCUCGAGGAAGCUGGGUUCGGUAAGAAGGCUGACAGGCCUUGACCCAGCAGGACCCUUUUUUUCCUGGGACAUUAGCAAAAACGUAAGAAUAUCCAAAAGAGACGCAAAGUUCGUUGACAUAAUACACACGGAUACCAAAAGAUUUGGAUUAGGAGGAAAACUGGGCCACGCGGACUUCUACCCGAAUGCUGGCAUUGGUCUUCAACCUGGUUGUAAAACUUGCUACUCCCUGGAGCUGUUUAAUCCAAAACGCUUUUGUAGUCAUUGGAGAUGCUGGAGAUACUAUUGCGAGAGCUUGGGGCAAGAAGACGCUUUCCUCGCUGCUGCUGCUAAUUCUUGGGAAGACUUCAAGAAGGGAAACACGGGGAAUGUUAUACCGAUGGGUUACAGCACUCCUCCAGAUACGUCUGGUAUUUUUUUCCUUCAAACGUCACAUGAACAUCCCUAUGGUAGAGGAGAAGACGGCCUCAAGUAUUCAGAAGAAACUUGUUAAUACAAAAAUGAUUUAUUAUCAUUAA